ACUCUGGCUUUCUUUAGGGGAGGUUCAAAUAAGGGAGACCAGGCCCCCAGUCUGGAGUGGAAGCACCCAGUGGGCGUUAGGACCUGGCCGCAGUGCUGAAGAGAAAGGACACGCUGAGAUAUUUGCACUGGGGUGCCUGUUAAACCCGCGCGCUGACGAAUCCCUCGGACUCACCGUGAUGACCACAACCACGUGGUGAAGUCAGUCCUAUAUAAAUCUCCCUCUCCAACCGGCUGCCUUCAGAUGUGCAUGUGUGUGUGUGCUGGCACGGGGACCGUUGUUUUCCACCAGAAGGAAUGGAGGAGUGCGUAAACUGAAGAGGAAAACGCUUUUGCCUGCUCAGUAGUAGUUAGCACUGCAGUAGUUUAUCCCAUCACUCCAUACUCGUCUUUAGGACGCGUCAGACAGGUACAGCUUUAUUUUCUGCAGCAUCUGCUGGUGCUAGACGCGAGGAGGAAGAGAGGCGAUGCGCCUUGCGGAGUGAGCAGACGCUUUUCCUGGACCUCCACAUCUUCUCUUACAGUGAGGGCGUGAUUGUGCGGUGCUUUGGAGAGAGUUCGCGGCGCUCUGAUGCGGUGGAGGUGCGCGCAAAAAGCCCGCAGGCGACGCGUCUGUCAUCAACAACCGCAUCAACAGAGCUUUGAGAAGCAGAAACUUUUGAUGGCCAAAUCAAUGGCUGUUUUAGUGCCCCGUGAUUUUGUGCACUGAAGUGAUUUGGAAUGAAGGUCUUAGUUUCUUUCCCGCAUAUAACGGAUCUGACAGACUAUUUCGUGUUGGCACCUCGGAUGGAUUUGCGGGUACAAUAAACAGACGUGUGCCAUUGCUAAUAGUGCGCAAACGCGCAAAAGUUUAAGUUGGCUUUGCCAUCGAGUUGAAAUGAUUGGGCUUCUGCAUCACUUAAUUCACUAAUUAGCAUUUUUAAACUCGCUUCAGCUACAAAAACAAAAGCACAAAAUGAACUUGUACGUCUUGAGUCUCCUUCUGACCCUGGAUUUAGCCACAGUGGCCGUCAGUUUAUCCACAUGCAGCACUCUGGACAUGGAGCAGUUCAAAAAGAAGCGGAUCGAGGCCAUCCGCGGUCAGAUCCUCAGUAAACUCAAGCUGAGCAGUCCUCCGGAGAUCUACCCCGAGCCCGAGGAGGUGUCCCGGGACAUCAUCGCCAUCUAUAACAGCACACGGGACCUGCUGCAGGAGAAAGCCAACGAGCGAGCGGCCACCUGCGAGAGACAGCGCAGCGAGGAGGAGUACUACGCCAAAGAAGUGCACAAGAUAGACAUGCAGCCCUUCUACCCUGCCGAGAAUGUCAUCCCUCCAACACAUUACAACCCGUACUUCAGGAGGCUCAGGUUUGACGUGAGCUCCAUGGAGAAGAACGCCUCGAACCUGGUGAAGGCAGAGCUCAGGAUCUUCAGGCUGCAGAACUCAAAGGCCCGUGUGUCUGAGCAGCGCAUUGAGCUUUACCAGAUUUUAGGUCAUAAAGACCUCACGUCACCCACACAGCGCUACAUUGACAGCAAGGUGGUGCGCACCCGUACGGAGGGCGAGUGGCUGUCGUUUGACGUGACGGAGGCUGUCAGCGAGUGGCUGCUGCACAGAGACAGAAACAAUGGAUUCAAGAUCAGCCUGCACUGUCCCUGCUGCACAUUUGUGCCGUCAAAUAAUUACAUCAUCCCCAACAAGAGCGAGGAGCUGGAGGCGCGCUUUGCAGGUAUAGAUGACAGCUAUGAGCACGUAGGGGAUGUGAAGAUGUUUAAGAAGCGGCGUCACAACGGUCAGUCUCCGCACCUGCUGCUGAUGCUGCUUCCUUCAUACCGGCUGGAGUCGCAGCACAAGAGCCACAGACAGAAACGCGCUCUGGACGCGGCCUUCUGCUCCAGGAAUGUGCAGGACAACUGCUGUUUACGCUCUCUCUACAUCGACUUCAAGAAGGAUCUGGGCUGGAAGUGGAUCCACGAACCCAAAGGCUAUAACGCCAACUUCUGUGCGGGAGCCUGUCCGUAUCUGUGGAGCGCAGACACCCAGCACAGCAAUAUCCUCGGCCUCUAUAACACUAUUAAUCCAGAAGCAUCUGCAUCUCCGUGCUGUGUGUCUCAGGAUCUGGAACCCCUCACAAUCCUUUACUACAUCGGAAAAAACCCUAAAAUCGAGCAGCUCUCCAACAUGAUUGUCAAGUCCUGCAAGUGCAGCUAGGAACCGAUCAGCUCCGUUUCCAAGAACACGCAUUCACACAAACAAACACACAGUAAUUUAAAACCCAAUCACACACAUGCUGCGCAGAGUAAUUCAUACAAACUCUCAAAAACCAAGAUGAUAGGUAAAAACACACAUCUGAAUGUGCGAACUUGUGCUGGAAAUGGCCCUGUCGACAUGUGUCACAUCACCCACUCAUCACUCUAUGGAUGUGAGUUUGGCAAACACUGGAAGUACGUGAUAGGUGUUUAUAUGUGAAGCAAGCGGAAGAGAGAAUCCCUUGUUCCAUUUAUUUCAAACAAACAUUUCUGUUUUGUUUUUGUUUUUGUCAUGGUGUUGUUGUUGAUUUUGUUUCCCUCAAUAAUAUGGAUAUUGUUUGUUUGGUAAUAUAUAAAACCCAUUAUAUUGUUCACCAAUACUGGUGAAGAGCUGGAAACUUUUGGCAAACUGUUGCCGCAAACUGUACAGUUGUCACAAAUGAACUUCGAGUUCGGUGCAAAUAAAGCGUUUUUGCAUAAGGGUUGGCGACAGAAAGAUGAAAUAUUCUGAAAAGAUUCAUGCAAGCCUUAGAAAGACAUAGUUUAAGCCACCUUACAUGGUGUAAAAAAAAGGCCAAGACCAACAAGUCAUGAUGUUCCAAGCAGCCAAAGACGUUUUGCUACAUUGCAAACAGAAACAUUCUCUACACAUUGCAGACAUGAAUGCUGAAAAAAGCAAAACCAUUGAAUUCUUGUAUCAUAAAAAAAAUAAUAAUAAUUCCAUCAAAUGUCUGUGCCAUUAAGCCAAAUGUUUAAUUAUGCCAGAUAAAAACAUGUAGAUAUUGUUCAGCAAGAUUCUCUUUAAACGGUCUGCCAUGACAGGAAUUGAUCUGAGCGAGAAAAGUGACCAUAGAAGACGUUUGUUCUAGUGUGCACUGUAGCGCCUCUGAGAAAGCAACAUGUACUUGUGAUGUUAUUUGUGUUUCAGAGCUUAACAGCGUGUGAAACUGAGCUGGCAAAGCAAGAAGUGUCUAUAAUUAUGUACGUAUAUGUGGAAGUGUGAUAAAUGCCUUAUUCUGAAGUUUAAAAAUGUAUGUCUAGCUAGCUCUUACUUCAUUCUUGACACAAGUCAUUUGUAAACACAAAUACCAGCAAAAAAAGUCCCAGGCAGAAAUGGUGCCUAUUAGUUUCUUUAGGAUGGGCAGAAGACUGUAUUUUAAGGUGACAUUGUUACAAUGUAAUAACACAAGUAUAUUCUGAGUAAUAGUACUUAACUGCAUGUAUUUACUGUAGGGUUACGUACAUGCAACUACAUCACCUUAAAAUAGUGUUCACACUGUUUGCAUGGUUUGAGAACACAAAUGAAAUCAGCUGCAAACAGCCACAAAUUUGCAUAAAAAGCAGGCGUUUCUAAAAAGAAUGACUGUGACUUUUAAGUACUCACCGCACAGAGCUAUACCAGUGCAUCUCGUGCCUGGUUGAACUGGAAUAUGGGUGGUUAGUAAAUAAUACGCUGGUAUUUGCGCUGAAAUACAGCAUGCAAAAGUGGCAACGUCGUGAAUUCAACUCAAGGUCCCUUAUUAGAGCAGGUGAAGCUGUGAUGUCACCAGUGUUGAAAGGAAGUGAUGUCAUCAGACUAGUACAGAGACUGAGGCGAUAGCAGGUCAUUUGCAAUAGGUAUGUUUACAUGCACUAAUCGGAAUGAAUCCAGUCCGAAUCGGAUUCUCAAUGAGCCCUAAAUGUUGAUUCUGGUUUGCAUUUGUGCAUAACAUUAAUCCGAACAAAACUUUAGCGCACAUGCAGUUCCCAGUCGCCACAUUCAUGACAUAUUAAUAAAUAUUAAUAAAUAUUCCGUCUCCUCCAUUGAACCGGUUCAUGAGACAGAACAUGUAAAUAAACAUUAUACACAUUUGUAUGACGUAAGGCCUGUCCCUGAUGCAUACGAUUACUUACCAUUUUUGCGUAUUUUUGAAUCCAGUUGAGAAAAUUGUCCGAUUCAAGCAUUUACAUGAUUAUUUUUUUCCUGUUUAUUGGAUUGUGUAAGGUGUGUAGACCUGAAAUAAUCCAAUAUACAAGAAAAAAUGAUGCAUGUAAAGCACCCCCUUUAAUUUUGAUUGAAAUUUCAUUCAGAUCUAGCAUAGUCGAAUCAUUUACAUGAAGGCUUUUCAGUCCGACUGAGGCAUCAUUCCAAAUAUAAGCGGAUUAUUUGGGUGCAUGUAAACUUAGCUGUUGAUGUAGAAAGAGUAUGUUGCUUUAGUAAAGUCAGAGAUUUUGAUGAAAGGAUUUGAAGAAUGUGAACAGACGCAUAAUGGACGGGUCGUGUAAGUGAGAGACGUAACCCCGGUUCAUCCUUUUGAACAUGGUGUGCAGAGGCCUGCUUGACAAAUGCACUGCAGCAGCCGCAGACGCUGACAUCCAUAACACUUAUCAUGGAGAAAUGUUUCUAUACAUCUCAAAGUGUCUUCCUGAAUUUGUGAUUUUGUUUUCUCUCAGAGAAAGUGAUCCUUUGUUACGAAGAAUUGCACUGAUUAUUUUAUUUCUACAUUUUUUUUAUUUGUAACUUUUGUUUGUUGGUUUUUAUUCGUAGUUAUAGCUUCACCCACAUAACGUGAGCUGAUGAUGUGAGUGGCUUCCAGGUGGAGGUUCCCCCUUUUACUAGUCCUUAUCUUAACCAGUGUUACAGAAAAACUGGUGGCAGAUCAGAUUAAAAGAGCAACAUCCAUUCACGUGACACUUAUUUUAUUUGAAUUAGGGCAAGAAUGCCAGUGGACUUCCUGCAGACACAGGAAGUGGAAGGAGACACCAGCAUUGUCACACUAGAGCUGUUUAUUGUUAUUAUUGUCUAUGAUGAUGAUGAUGAUGAUGAUGUUGAUAUUGUUGACCCACUAUGAUGUAUUAUAACACAUUACUGUUGUGGUGCUCUAGUGGUAAAUAAAUUAUUUAAGUGACAAGA